AUGGGCCGGGGGGCGGCGGGGCCUUCACCGCCGGCUGCCGCUGCCCGGGCCCGGGCGCAGCGCGGCGCAGCGCGACCCGCAGGGGGAGCCGGGGGGGGGGGGGGGGGGGGGGGGUCGGGCCGGGUGUGUUAUCGCGGCCUGGGCGGGGCUCGUCUCCGCAGAGCGGCGGGAGCCCCCAGGAGCCCGGGCCGGGCGCAGCGCGACCCGCAGGGCUGGCAGGAGACGCUCGGCGCCGCCGUGAGCGCGCUGCGGGAGGGCGGCCUGGUAGCGGUCCCCACCGACACCAUCUAUGGGAUCGCGGCUCUAGCCCAGAGCUCUCAAGCAAUUAAGAAGAUCUAUAAUCUGAAAGGGCGGAACGGGGGCAAGCCCCUGGCGAUCUGUCUGGGAGACGUGGAGCAUAUUUACAGGUACUGCCAUGUCAAUGUGCCAGAAGAGCUGCUGCGGGACCUCCUCCCAGGACCUGUGACCCUGGUACUGCAGCGUUCCGAAGGACUCAAUAAAGACCUGAACCCUUUCACGUCGUUGGUUGGCGUUCGUAUUCCAAAUCACACUUUCAUUAGGGAGGUGGCACAGGCUUGCUCGGGACCACUGGCUUUAACGAGUGCUAACAUCAGUACGCGGGCGAGCACGCUGACCGUCUCGGAAUUCCAAGACCUUUGGCCUCAGUUAUCCUUGGUCAUUGAUGGAGGUGCAAUUGGAGAUAUCCAGAGUCCAGAGUGUCGUCUGGGGUCAACUGUGGUCGACUUGUCUGUAUCUGGGAAAUACACCAUUAUUCGGCCUGGCUGUGCACUGACACCGACAGUUGAAAUCCUGGGGAAGAAAUAUGGCUUGACAUCAGAACCUUCUUGUUCGUGAGCUACCAAACUCUGGAAGCUGUGCAGAGUCGGUAAAACUGGGCACCAUGUGCCCGUCUCUUCAGGAAGCCAGUGUCAAUGGCCUUGUUUAAUAAGGUCAAUGGUUGUAUCAGUCCUCAUGUCUCACCCUGGGUCUCUUCAUCAUUUGUGUGUAAUGGGUAUUUGGUCUGCUGUGUAUGGGUAAGAAACAAACCAAGUACUUCUGACCUCCUUGUGCAAGUGUAAUAUCCUUGAUUACCAUACAAGGGAUCCUUUGCCUUGUGCAAUGGGGUUUACUAGGAUUUGAAAUAAAUGUCUAUUUGCGAUAUCUUGGCAAACUGCUGCUCUGGCAUGGGACAGAGGAUAGUGUUUUACUGAAAUAUCUGUGUACAGCACUUGGGUUUGAUUCAGAUUUAAAGGCAACCAAUUGCUGCUUUGACUUAAAAACACACCACUGUGUGUGUGUGUGUUUUUUAAGGUUUCUUCUGUUUUACUUAGAAAUAUCAGGCAUACACAGUCUCCUCUUGCUUGAUUUUGCAGGAGUGAGCUUUGACUCCUUUAGUAGAGAGAAUCCUUCUUCCACCUGUCUGUGUUUGACUUAAAUAGUAGAGCAACUGAAAGGGAAAUGGAUUUUUAUUUUGGUGUAAUCAGUUUCUCGUGAUGCCAUAAUCUUACUGUUCUCCAGCAAAAAGUAGUGAGUCUAGACCUGAUAUUUCUAAUGGUGCCAAACAAGAGAAACUUUUCAGCUGCUCUUUAGUUAUCAAAAAAGCAUCCCUUUUGCAAGUCGUCUAAGUUUUACUUUUAAGUGAUGGUUGCUAAUCCUGAUACUAGACUAAAUUAUUCCUUUUUUUCCUUGUAAAAGGAGAAAGGACAGACCCUGAAGUGCAGUGUUUUGAGUCCCUCAUGAACUGUUCCCUUCAUCACCCAUGAAGUUGUUGCUUUCCCUACUUAGCUGACCCAUGGGCAAGGAUCAGUCUGUAGUUUUUAUAAAUCUUAAUUCAGUGAGAUUGUUAGAACAAUGGGAGGAGGCCAAAAGGGUCUGAGCCAGUAUUUAUUCUUCUGGGAACACUAAAAUGAAAUUAAUCUGUUCAUGGGGAUAUUUACUAGUGUUUAAAAAAUGGUGACCAAACUGUGGUUUGUGUGUGUGUUUGUUUUUGAAACACAAUUCUCUGUUAUAAAUGCUUAGAUUUAAGGUGUCUGGAUCUCUGCAAUGUUUCUUUGUGUUAGUGCCAUUAAAGUGUGAAUUUUGUACAUACA